CUUACCGAUUGAAGCAUGCUCGUCUGGCUCAUCGCGGGUCCCUCGGCCUUCCGGACCGAGUUCAUCUUACGUGACCUUCGACUUGCAGUCAAGAGUGCCGAUGCAGCAUUCUUUGUUUGACUCGACGCCCUUCACUUGGCCUUUGUGAGCGGUCAACCUUGCCGACUCGCUUUUGACCGUCACCUCGAACAGAAGCCCGCGCGUAUCGAGGUGAAGCAGAAAUUUGACUGACCUGAAUGCGGGCCAAGACAAGAAGGAUGCGCACAUCUCGCGGUCUCUCGUUGAGCGUGCUGCCAUUGGUGGUGGGGCUGCUCACCUUAUUGUUGUCCGUAGGAGUGCAGGGCAUCAUCCCUCCGCAGAUCGUCUUGCAGAAGCGCAUCGCUUCUCAAGCAGGUGCUGUUGGCUUUGAACAGACUCAAGCGCAAGAGCAGCAAGUUGGCAAUGGUACGUUUUACAAUGGAGCAAUGCAUCCAGGAGCGGAUCCCUUUACACUUUGGGACGAGCGCAGCGGCUCGUACUACGCCUACUCGACAUCGGGGGCGGAGGGUAGCGGAUAUCUGUUCGCAAUAUACAAGUCUCCCGAUCUCUCCACCUGGACAAAGAUGGAUGGAGGCGCGAUGAAGCAAUGCUCGGGUCGAGGAACGCCUCGAGAAUCGGGUCAAGCUUGCUGGGCACAAGAUUGGCACUGGGCUCCCGAAGUCUACCACAACAACCAAACCGGCUGGUACUUUUUCUUCUUUGCCGGUCGAUUGCAAAAAGACUUGACAAAGCACUACUUCAGAUAUUCCAAAUUCGAAGAGGGCUCAAAAAUUGGCGUCGCAGUCUCCAGAGAACCAUACGGUCCGUUUGAGGAGAUCCAGCAUCGGCCCAUUCAAUACUUUCCAUUCGAUCCCGAUUACUAUGACGUCAAUCUCAUCAUGGACGAAGAACAGUUGCUGCCUCCCAAAACGCAGCAGGAAGGCAGGCAAGCACCGAUGGGCACAUUUAUCCCAAUGAUCGACGCCAACGUCUUCUUCGACGAGGAUGGCAAAAUUUAUUUGUACGGGAGUAGAAAUGCGUACAGAAAUUGGGUUUGGGAUGAUCAGCUCAGCAAGUACAUUGAAGAGUCGAACGUCAUUGGCGUGCAAUUGACUAGAGACUGGUGGGAGGAUCCAAAUGCGGAAACGAUGCCAGAGAUCAUCAGUCGCGAAAAGGACAAGACCGCUCCAGAUGCUCCUGAUUUGCCUCGCAACAUCACCUCGUACAAUGGUACCGGAGAAAUUGGAAAUCCACCGAGGAAAGACGGAUUCUAUACGGUCAUAUCUUACCACGCCGAUCCGCAAUCCUGGGAAAAUGCGCACGUCGAUGACUACCAAAAGACCAACGGCACUAACAAGGAUCGAAGGUGGUCGGAGGGGUCAACGCUGAUCUCCCGCAAGCUUCGCGCAUCCAACUCCUCAAUUACGACCUACCUCAUCACCUACAGUGCCAACAACUUCCAAUCUCCCGACUAUGGGGUCGGCUUUGCGUACAGUCAUGACUCUCCUCUCGGUCCGUUCCGCAAGUCGGCGAAGAAUCCCAUCCUGAGUUCCAAGCCCAACUUCGACCCGCCAAUCUACUCCGUGGGACACGGGAGCAUCAUAGCGACUCCAUCGCCCAACACGCUCUGGCUGGGUGCUCAAGACGUCACUCACGAGACACCGAGCGGCUCUGAAUUGUUCUACGUUCACCAUGGUCGCAAUUCCACAAUGUCAGAUCGAUUCUUGUACACGACGCGGAUGAAGAUAGACGAGGAGAGCGCAGCAGAACAGGGUCUGGACUCGACGAUCUCCAUGUCCUUGACGAGUCAAGAUCAGCCUUUGCCACUCGAGGUCGAGCCCAUCACGUUUGGCCAGCUAUCGUGCGUCUUCUCAGAGACGCGCACGAGUCUGCUCAUUUCGGUCACUUCGCACCGAAAUGGCACCUUUGACAUUAGGGAAGGCACCAAUCGCGUCGUGGUGGUGGAUGCGGACGGAAGACCUCUGCUCGGUGAACCCCGACCUGUCAAGGGCAAACACGGCCUGUUCGUGCUAAGCUACGUCAAGCUCAAACCGGGAUCGGACAGCGUUAGGUAUGAUCGUCUCAACCGCGCAGGCGAAUGGAAGACCGUCGUGACCGCCGAAGUACCAAACACGUGCGCCAGUAGCCUAGGUACCAAUGCGAUGCAAACUCAGUCCAGCACAUCUACUCGAUCCCGCGAAGGACAGCAAUGGUCGGUCAGCGCGGCAGAAGCGGCGGGAGCGGCGCAUGCUGCGACUGGCAGGGCAUAGCUUGCUCUCAACCACAGCCACUUUGCCAAAUGUUCUCCUGUCCCCUCGCCCUUGAUGUCUUGUCUGGCCGGCGCAGCUUGCGCAUUGAACCAUGUAGUAGCAACCAUCGAGCGCGCGCACCUACCACGAGAGCAUUCGCAGGCCUGUUCAAG